UCGCUACAUUUAGCGUAAACAAACAGAUAAUCGGGAAAUAUGGCGGAAGACUGUCAAGUAGCUCCGUCUUUUCCAACAGAGUCAAUUAAAGUGAUUGCAGAGAGUAUAGGGAUAUCAGCAGUAGGCGACGAUGUAGCUAAAGAAUUGUCAGAAGAAGUCACCUUCAGAUUAAAGAUCCUAAUUCAGGAUGGGAUGAAAAAUAUGCACCAUGGCAAGAGAAAACGUUUCUCGACCGCUGAUUUUGAUAAUGUAUUAAAAUUAAAAAAUAUAGAGCCACUUUAUGGUAUCCACCCGGGAGAACAUAUCCCCUUCAGAUUUGCUUCUGGUGGAGGACGAGAGCUUCACUUUCUAGAGGAUAAAGAACUUGAAAUUAACGAAAUGGUAUCAUCAUCAACGCCACGGCUCCCACUACAGAUGACAGUCAAACCUCACUGGCUGGCCAUUGAAGGUGUACAGCCAACUAUACCAGAAAACCCUCCGCCAAUUACUAAAGAUGCUCAAAAGAAGGACUCUGUGGAUCCAGCAGCUAAGCUGUCAGCUCAGCAGGAGAACAAGGAUCAAAAGCAUAUUCAUGGCCGAGGCAUGAAGAGCAUUGAGACAGUAAAGGUGAAGCAGUUGGCUACUCAUGAACUUUCUGCAGAACAACAGCUUUAUUACAAAGAGAUCACUGAAGCUUGUGUUGGUUCUGACGAGCCUAAAAGAGGGGAAGCACUUCACAGCUUGGCCUUUGACCCAGGUCUCCACCAGAUGGUCCCACGGUUGUGUACAUUCAUUGCUGAGGGCAUCCGGGUGAAUGUUGUGCAGAAGAACCUGGCUCUUCUCAUCUACCUUAUGCGAAUGGCCAAGGCUUUGUUAGACAAUCAGACUCUUUAUUUGGAAAAAUAUAUGCAUGAAUUGGUACCAUCAGUGAUGACAUGCAUUGUGAGUCGACAGUUGUGCAUGAAGCCAGACAUGGAUAAUCACUGGGCUUUAAGGGAUUUUGCGGCCCGCCUUAUUUCACAGAUUUGCAAGAAUUACAACACAACCACAAAUGGCUUGCAGACUCGAAUUACAAGGGUGUUUUCUCGCUGUCUCAAUACUGAGAGGACUCCCCUGUCUUCUGUAUAUGGUGCUGUUGCUGGUUUGUCGGAACUUGGUCCUGAAGUGACAAAAGUAUUUGUGUUACCAAAGCUUCGGGCAUUAAGCGACAAGAUUGAGCAGUGCAUGGAGGGCAUGAAUGCUUAUGACAAGAAUGCUGCUUCUCACAUCAAAGGCCUGUUACUGAAAACUGUAGCACCAGUUCUAAAGACACUGCGAAACCCUCCUGAUACAGUAGCUGAUUAUAAGAUGGAGUAUGGAUACCUGGGCCCACAGUUACAAACAGCUGUAGUGAAGGCACGGCAAGCACCCCCCCCUCCCACUACCACACUCACAGCACCUAUCAGAGCCAUUACGCCCACUACUACUCGCAUCAUACAGCAGG